AUGACCGACAAUCCUGAGCCCAAGGGCAAAGGCAUUAGCUCGCGCUUUUCGAACAUUUUGCGUCGUUCUACUCGCUCUACCUCUGAUUUGACUGGCAUACACGAACAUGAUAUUGCUUCUGAUUACCCGACUGUUAGAAAAGUCAUCAAAAAACCCAAAAACAACGACUCUAAUGACUCCAUAUCUAUUUACGCAUCCGAUGAUUCCGACAAAAAACCCAGAAAAAUAGCCAAUGUCCCUAACCGUAAGCCUGUAUACAAAAAUCCAUUCUCUGCCAUCCCUAGCGGAGGCACACAAGAGGCAGUCGCUAGCGCGCUAGCCGAAACUGACCGCAUAUCGGACUAUACCCUUAGCCCACCCCCCACUGUUCCUCUCGUCGCAAGCCCGCCGAGAAGCUCUGGCGUCGCAAACGCAGGCAUCACACUGGUCAUCAGCUCCUCACAAGAGUCAGAACAGGUUAGAGAUGCCGGCGCGGCGCUGGCGCAACUCACGGAAUAUACGUUGGACGAUGAACCCUCCUCUAGCCCUCCCAAAAUCACAUACGUUGAAGAGAAGGCCGUAUCUAGGCCAGGAUCAACCACCCCCACCCGAAACCGCACGAGACCCACCGAAAGACAAGUCACCCCCAUGGAAGACUGGGUUUUCAGCAGCCAAGAGCUACACUGGUUUAAACGCCUCGAGGCUGGAGGCUACCCCGACAACGAAGCUCUCGAACGCUGCAUCAAGUACUACACCAUCACCAACCAAGCCAUCGCCAACAUCAUCGAGAACAGACAACUAUAUGACGAUACCGACGAAGAAAAGAGCAGCACGAACGCAUUCAUUCAAAAAAUCGAAAAACUAGGCAACCAAAUCUCUUCAAUCGCCGAAAACGCGCUUUACAACGGCACGGAAGCAGGACCAAGUCGUCCGGAAUCACCGAUGAAGCAAGACGAAGAGGAAGACACAUACAUGGGCGAACCCGAACCCGGCCCGAACCAACCUAACCCCCUAACCACCGAAAUCUGCUGGGGAACCGACGCCAAACCAGGCGAGUGGGGAGGCUACACAAACCCACCAGCACCAACACACUCAGCCACUACCGAUCCCACUCAAGCCAUGCUCCAGGCGAUUUUAACCAAGAUGGGGCAGCUCGACGAUAUCAAGUCCCGACUAGACAAACUCGAAGGCAAAUCGCCGCAGGUACACACUGCACAAACGAGCACGUCUAGAAACAAACACACAACUAACCCAAGUCCCGCCCCAACCGUCAACUCCUCACAAACGCGUCCAAGCUUUGCCAAUGUCGCGGCAAAGGCGCCAGCCAAAGCCCCGGAGGUCAAAGCCUCUAACAUUGCCGCUGCUAUCAAGAGGGAUAUCGCCAAACCGGCGCCCGCACAGAGCGACGACAAGAAUUUUGUUGUUCGUUUCAAAACUCUACCCGUCACCCAACCAAACCCCGAAAGCAUAUUCGUGGCCAUGCGAGAAUGCCUUGAUGCCGCAAACCGCAACCUCGGCAAGGGCAGACUCACAAGAGUCCGGUGGUCACUAAAGGCAAGCCUUCACCUUUCCUUCUCCAAUAAUGUCUCCGUCACGGCGAUUGAAAACGCCAUCCCACUGCUCAUGGAUCGUCUACGACUCCCUGAGUACGAAUUCGGACCUGAGGUCCCUUGGAGCAGACUAGUCGUCACCAACGUCCCCACCGGGAUGGGCGGCUCUCUCCAACGCAUGCGCAACCGCGAGGAGCUAACUCAGCUCCUCAACGAAGCCUUCCCUGACUCCGCCAAAUUUGGCUCAGUCAAACUUACCCUCGCACCCGACUGGCUAGCAGACCCCGCGCGAUUACAAGCCGAGGGACGCCAUGCCUCCACCGUUUCGUUCGCAUUUGAAGACGCAGGAGGUCUCACCUCGGCCCGUCUAAUGAGCUCACCCAACCUGUUCAUCUACGGCAGGAAAUGCGAAAUCAAGAAGUUUAACCCCAAACCCCUACUGCAAACCUGCACUAAAUGCGUUCGCUACGGACACACCGAACGUCAAUGCCGAACCAAGAAACCCCGCUGCCACAAAUGCGGACGCAACAACCACUCGACCGACGAACACAACGCAGACAACUGCCCCCGAUGCAUCCGCGAAGGCAAAGGGAACCCAUGCGAGUGCGUUUACUGCACAUCUUGCAGUCUUCACGGACACCGAUUCAACACCACCGAAUGCCCCAAAAUGUCCGAAUUCCGCCGCCCUAUCACGCAAUUAAUUGCAAACCGGUCAUCGGACAUAUGGUGGGGCCGCAUCGGCUCCCAGAAAAAUACCAACCCCAAUCAUCAUAAUAUUUAUGGCACGGUCAACUCUCCCAAUUAUCUAUGCGUCGUUCCACCCGGCUUCGAAGAAGCACAAGGCCCGAGCGUCGCCAUCUAUAUCCGCAAAGACCGACACAUUCACGCACAAUUCUCCAACUGCGUCCCGAUCCACCGCGAUAUCCUCGCACUAGACGUCUCUCUCGAAAACCACAAAUUCACCAUCAUCAACACAUACGCACACGGAAAAGACGCCUACAAAACAAUCCAACACCUUACCGAACAAAUCAUCCCAGCCGAACGCCCACUCAUCCUAACAGGAGACUUCAACCUCCACCACCCCGAUUGGGCCCUCGAUAAUUCCAAAUGGAAAAACAGGCACCCCAACCAAACCGAGAGAGAAUUUAGGGACUACGCUGAGUACAACGACCUGACCCUAAUGAACACCACCUCCUCCCCCACACGCAUUGCACCCAAUACCGAAUCCAAUUCAAUCAUUGAUCUCACCUUUCUUAACCCUAGGGCCGUCGAGGCAUGGCCUAACUUCAACUGGGAAGUAGACACGCCCUCGACAGGCAGAUCGUGCGGAUCGGACCAUAUGGCCAUAACAUGGUCGAUCCAGCCGUCCGAUCAAAACCUGCCUGAUGAAGACGCGGUCCAAACACCGCACAGGCAAAUCGACCCCAAGCGGGAGGACAAAUGGGUGGAAGCUUAUGCCAACGCCCUCAAGAAAUUCGAACUCCCCGAAGAACCCACUACGGCCGAAGACGCUGACUUGAUCACGGGGGCGAUCUUGGAAGCGAUGUCAACCGCCACGAUGAAAACGAUGCCCGACGGCAACAAAAAGAAAGGUAGCGGACCAGUCCGAUCCCCUUGGUGGAACGCCGAAUGCUCAGGCGCCCUCAACGACCUUAAACAUAACCCCGAAGGACGCACCCGAGACCAACUACGCGCUACCCUACGCGGCGCCAUUAGACGAGCUCGCCGAAACAACGGUGACCGUAUACUAUCUGAAAUACGUACGUCCAAGGUCUUCGAGUCGCUGAAAUGGUUCCAAGGAAAAAGACGAUCCCUACUGCCCCCGAUCAAAAACCCCAACGGCGGCAACACAGCCACGCACCCACACCACAAAGCCGAAAACCUAGCCAAACAAUUCUUCCCUACUGUCGCCAAUCCCCACAUAUCCCUACAACCACUUGGGAUUAAAGCCAUGCCCAAGCGGCCUUUUCAGGAGAUAUCAGUAGACGAAAUUGCUAACGCCAUCAAAACACAUCCAACAAAUCAUCACCUGUGGGCUUUCUGGUACGACACAUCACUGUUUGCCAGACUCUUCAAUCUGUGCCUUAACAUUGGAUAUCACCCCACUGUGCUGCGAAGCUGUGUCAUUGCCCCCAUACCCAAACCCCGUCGCCAAGACAUGUCCCUACCCAAGAACUACAGACCAAUUGCCCUAUUAGAAACCCUGUCUAAGCUCUUGGAGAAAGUCAUUACCACCCGACUCACUUUUGAGGCUGGUAAACACACUCUCAUCCCUCAUAGCCAAUUUGGAGGGAGGGAUAUCACAUCUUGCACCGAUGCAGGGAUCUGCAUGAUCCAUGACAUCAAAACUCACUGGAAGUCAAAUCACAGGGUCUCACUCAUCACCCUUGACGUCUCUGGAUACUUUAACAAUGUGGACCACAGCAGACUUAUAUACACCUUAGACCGCAUGGGAUACUCCAACCAGAUUUGCAAUUGGCUCAAGUCAUAUCUCAGCCACAGAACUGCGCAGUUCAGGGUUGACGGGCACCUCUGCCCUCCCAUUGCACUUCCCCCUGUGGGUAUUCCCCAAGGUUCUCCACUAUCCCCCAUAUUAUCCUCCUUAUACUCCACCCCCUUGCUUAUUGCUGCACAAGACCCACACGCGCAAUCCUUUGCAUAUAUUGAUGACUUCACUAUACUGGCUUGGGGGAAGUCCCAUGAGUAUAAUGUGUCUACUAUGAGGCGGAUAGCCACACGCGUGUCCAACACAGCUCUCCAACUUGGCCUUGAAUUUGAAAUUGAUAAGUCAGACCUUAUUCACUUCUAUCGCAACUCUAAUCACUCUUCCAACCCCAGUCUUCACCUUACCCUGAAUGGCAAGAACUCCACCAUACUGCCUCAAGGAUGUAUCCGUUGGCUAGGAUUCUUCUUAGAUAGGAAGCUCUUGUUCAAAGAGCACAUCCUGAAUUCCGCUAACAAAGCCAAAGCUGUCAUAGCCGGACUCAGAAUGCUAGCCAACACACAGCGUGGACUCACCAUCAAACACGCACGCAUCCUAUACAUCACCUGCGUCAUCCCCAUCCUCACAUAUGGAUCCCUCUGUGGUUUCUGGGGCGUAGACAGAAGUCGUUGCUUGAACCGCUUAGGAAGGUCCAGAACCAAGGAUUGA